AUGACGUUGGUGGCUGUUGUGUUGUCGACCGAAUCUGCCGAGUCCAGUGUUUCUGGUGACAAGCUAGAUCGGCCGUUGGUGGAACGAAUCAACAUCCACAAGGAUUAUGAUGAUGAAACUGUUCAUCACGUGGUUAACACGACGCCUCUAGUAUCACCUGGUGAAAAAAUAAACAGCAUAAUGAUGAGAAUGAUGAGUAGAGAUAUGUUGAACUGCAAGGUGGUGCAUUUUCCGCCCCCAGAUCAGCACCUGUACUGCUGUCAGAAGCUUGAAGACUGCCAGUGCCCUGGAGGAAUUGCCACGUGUUCGCACGUCAAUAAAACUAAAAGUUAUGAUAAAAAUGAUGAUGAUGAAGGUGAUGAGGAUAACGAAGAUGGUGAAGAAAAUGAUGAUGGAAUUGGUGACGAUGAUUAUAAGGAUGCUGGCGAUUACGAUGAUGAGAACAUUAAAGAUGAGGUUGUAAGUGGGGCCGGUGUGAACAAAAAUGAUGGUGAAUUGAAGGAUGAUGAUGGAAAGGAUGGUGAACUGGAAGGUGAUAAUGAAAUAGGUGCAGACGGUGACAAUGGUGAGUACAAUAUCGGUGAUUUCCUACUCGCUUUUGUUAGUUAUAAUGAUGAAAUCAACAAACAAAAACUGAAUGACCAGAAUAAGGAUAAAGAAAGUGAAGAUGACGAAAAAGAAGAUUUUGAUAAAGUUUUUUUGGGUUUUAGCAUAGAUUUGGAAGAAAAAUAA